AUGGAUGUUGGACUGGCUCUGCUCUUUAUUGUAAUCGUGAUGUUUGUGUUGCGACCAGUGAUGAAAUGGAUGGUGAAACGCACGCCUGGGGCUGGCCAAAUCAAAGAUAUAUGCUUUUUUAUCGUCGUUUUGGCAUUCAUGAUGUCACCUAGGUUCACUAAACUAUUUCGUGUAUAUUUUCUAUUUGAUCCAUUUAUUCUGGGCUUGGCUGUCCCAGAUGGACCCCCUUUGGGAUCCGCUCUAGUCGAAAAGUUAGACCCUAUUAUUUCAGGAUUGUUUUUGCCUAUAUUUGCUACAACAUGUGGCCUAAGGUUUGAUCCGUCUUAUUUUAAGGACUCUACCAAGUUUGCAUAUCACCAAGCCAUUGGAGCUGUUGUAACACUUUUGAUCAAAUUUGUGGUCUCUCUUCUAGUGCCCUUAUUAUGCAAGAUGCCCACAAGGGAUUCUUUCGCACUUGCUUUUAUAAUGAUGUCUAAAGGAAUUGUUGAGAUGGGUUCCUACAGCAUCAUGAAUGACAGCAGAGUUAUAUCAGAGGAUAUAUUCACUCACAUGACUAUUGUGAUCAUUUUGGUUGCAAGCAUUGUGCCAAUACUUGUGAAAAAGCUUUAUGAUCCAUCUAGGAAGUAUUUAUGCUUUCAAAAGAGGACCAUCAUGAACUCCAAGCUCAACCAGGAGCUGCGAUUGAUCAGUUGCGUUCAUGUGCCAAGUAAUGUCAGUUCUAUUACCAACCUAUUUAAUGCCUCAUGUCUGACUAGAGACAGCUCCAUUGCUUUGGAUGCCCUUCACCUUGUCAAGCUUAGUGGACGAGCCACACCGCUUUUCAUUGCUCAUCAUAAGCAAAAGAAAACACAGCCCAACAAGUCGUACUCCGAGAAUGUGGUGCUCGCUUUCGAACAGUUUGAGCGGGACAACAGGGAGGCUGUAUCUGUGAACGUUUUCACCGCAGUAUCUCCACCAAAUUUGAUGUACGAGGAUAUAUGCAACCUUGCCAUGGACCGCCUUACAUCCUUUAUAAUACUCCCGUUUCACCGGAGGUGGUACAUUGACGGGACCAUCGAAUCAGAAGAUCAAACCAUAAGAAGCCUGAACUUCGACAUCCUUGAAAGGGCACCUUGCUCGAUAGGGAUCCUUGUUGAAGGACGCCGCAACCUAAAAGGCUCCAAUGUUAGAGACCCAUUAGCAUCAAAUAACUUCUCAUCCUACAACAUUGCAGUGAUCUUCAUGGGGGGUCAAGAUGAUAGGGAGGCUCUAGCGCUAGCUAAACGCAUAUCCCAAGACAAAAAUGUUAGCCUUACCGUAAUCCAUUUCAAAGCUGCAAACAGCUUAGGCGCCAUCCUAACCGAGAAUGAUCGAAUGCUUGAUGAUGCAAUGUUGAGUGACAUUAAACAAAGUACAUGCUUAACAUACAUUGAGAAACAAGUAAAAGAUGGACCAGAAACUUCAAAUUAUCUUCGAUCCAUUGUGGAAGACUACCAACUUAUCAUUGUUGGGAGACGAUACAAGAGGGAAAAUCCUCAGACCUCAGGUCUACAGGAGUGGUGUGAAUUUCAAGAGAUUGGGAUUAUUGGAGACUUACUUUCAUCUGCAGAUUUUAUUGGCAAUUAUUCUUUGUUGAUUGUGCAACAACAACAACAAAGGACUACUUGA